CCUUGGGCCGGCUGCAGUCUGAGUCUGAGGACGGCUGAAGUGGUUUGCUCGUUUAAGAUGAGGUUUCUGCUACUUCUCCUGGUGGCGGCGUCGGCGGUGGUCCGGAGCGAUGCCUCGGCCAACGUGGGUGGCAUGCCUGGCAAGAGAUUAAAGAUGCAGUACGCCAUGGGGCCGCUGCUCAAGUUCCAGAUUUGUGUUUCCUGAGGUUAUAGGCGGGUGUUUGAGGAGUACAUGCGGGUUAUUAGCCAGCGGUACCCAGACAUCCGCAUUGAAGGAGAGAAUUACCUCCCUCAACCAAUAUAUAGACACAUAGCAUCUUUCCUGUCAGUCUUCAAGCUAGUGUUAAUAGGCUUAAUAAUUGUUGGCAAGGAUUCUUUUGCUUUCUUUGGCAUGCAAGUGCCUAGCAUCUGGCAGUGGGGCCAAGAAAACAAGUCUCUUGUCUAUGCAUGUAUGAUGGUCUUUUUCUUGAGCAACAUGAUUGAGAACCAGUGUAUGUCAACAGGUGCAUUUGAGAUAACUUUGAAUGAUGUACCUGUGUGGUCCAAGCUGGAAUCUGAUCACCUUCCAUCCAUGCAACAGCUUGUUCAAAUUCUUGACAAUGAAAUGAAGCUCAAUGUGCAUAUAGAUUCAAUCCCACACCAUCGAUCAUAGCCCCACCUAUCAGCACUGAAAAC